AUGAGUUACUGGAGAGACAGAGAGGGCCCCUGGAACAUGGAAGUUUUGUCCUCAUUUCUUUGCUGCACAACAAACCAAGCUCGUCUGACUGUGAGUUCCAGCAGCUCUCAGUUCUUUAAAGGAGCCUUUGUGUCUCUGAGCUGUGAGGAGGACGACAGCUCUGCUGGAUGGACUCUGAGGAGAAACACAAGAGAACAACAGAGGACUCAGUGUGGAGAUGGGUGGGGAGAAGGAGCUGGUUCUUCAUGCAACAUCAGCUACAUCUUCCCAUGGGAGAGUGGAGUUUACUGGUGUGAGUCUAAUCAGAGUACCAUCAGUAACAUGGUUAACCUGACAGUCACUGGUGGAUCAGUGAUCCUGCAGAGUCCUGUCCUCCCUGUGAUGGAGGGAGAUGACGUCACUCUGCUCUGUAAAACAAAGACCACUCCCUCCAACCUCCCAGCUGCUUUCUAUAAAGAUGGCUCCCUCAUCAGGAACAUGACUACAGGUCACAUGACCAUCCAGCAUGUUUCCAGGUCUGAUGAAGGCCUCUACAAGUGUGACAUCAGCGGUCAUGGAGAGUCUAAUUCAAGCUGGAUCACUGUCACAGACAAACACACCACCACACCUCCACCUACAUCCACACCUCCACCUACAUCGACCUCUCCUCCUGGUUCCUUUCUCCGUCCUGUGUUGUCAUGUGUUGGAUCAGUCUGUGUUGUGGUUCUGCUGGUGUUAGUAAUUCUAUUGGUGAGACGAUGUGUUCACAGGAAGCCUAAAGAUGACGUUGAAAAAGUUAGUGAAGAUGACAUCGCUUACAGUGACCUCAAAAUAUUACAUCACCAACAAAAGCCAAUCAGAUGGAGCAGAGUCUACUCAGCAGUGAGAACAGAAGAUGUCAGUUAUGGACAAAUCAUCAUCAAAGACAAGAAAAAUAAAUCAAAGAUAAAAGAAAGUGAUCCAGCUGCAGUUUACUCAGCAGUGCGAACAGAGGACGUCAGUUAUGGUCAAAUUAUCAUCAGAGACAAGAGAAAAAAAUCAAAGAGAAGAGAGUGUGAUCCAGCUGUAAUCUACUCAGCAGUGACAAAUGAAGAUACCAGUUAUGGACAAAUCACCAUCAGACCAAACAGGCCCAGAGAUUUUCUACCAGAGCCAAAUGUGGUCUACUCCUCACUGAAGUAAUCCACCAGACCAAGACCAGACCAGCUGCUGGUCCUCAACCCUGAGCGCAUUCAUUGUAAAACAGAUUGUAUACAUUCUCAUUGUUCUUCUCACUAAAUAUGCUCUUAAAACGUCAGAGAGACCAAAUCGAGAUUACUCGAUACAGACCUCUCUUCAGAGGAGAUAAUAACAAAUAAGCACAAAUAAAACCACAACUGCAGAGUCUGAGCAGCAUCGGUUCAAACCCUUAGAUAUGGCCUUGUAACCUUUUCCAGACUGAUAUGUGUCGAUGACUUUGUUUCUCAGGUGUUUAUUUAGAUUGUGGCAGGAUGUUUCCAAAAAAAUGUAAAUGUAUUUCACAAUUUAACAAAGGGACAAUUACUUUUUCGGAGGGGACCAGGUAGUUUAGAUAAAUGUUCUCUUUAAUGAAAUCAUUAUUUAAAAAGUGCAUUUUGUGUUUUC